AUGCUGUGGUUCCUCAAGGGAAUGUCCUUCGUCCCCUUCCUACUGGUGACAUGGUCAUCCGCAGCCUUUAUCAUCUCCUAUGUGGUCGCAGUGCUCACUGGGCACGUCAAUCCCUUUCUUCCCUACAUCAGUGACACAGGGACAACACCACCAGAGAGUGGUAUUUUUGGGUUCAUGAUAAACUUCUCUGCAUUUCUUGGUGCAGCUACGAUGUACACAAGAUAUAAAAUAGUGCAGAAGCAAAAUGAGACCUACUAUUUCAGCACUCCUAUUAUUAACUUGGUGUCAUUAGUUCUCGGAUUGGUGGGAUGUAUUGGAAUGGGCAUUGUGGCCAAUUUUCAGGAGUUAGCUGUACCGGUCGUCCAUGAUGGCGGCGCCCUUCUGGCUUUCGUCUGCGGUGUGGCAUACACACUCCUGCAAACCAUCAUCUCCUACAAAUCGUGUCCCCAGUGGAACACCAUGGCCACGUGCCAUGUCCGGAUGGCCAUCUCUGCGGUUUCCUGCGCAGCUGUGGUCCCCAUGAUUGCCUGUGCUUCGCUAAUUUCUAUAACGAAGCUGGAAUGGAAUCCAAAAGAAAAGGAUUAUGUGUAUCACGUAGUGAGCGCCAUCUGUGAGUGGACCGUGGCCUUUGGUUUUAUUUUCUAUUUCCUAACAUUCAUCCAAGAUUUCCGGGGAGUCACUUUAAGGAUAUCCACAGAAAUCAAUGAUAACCUUUGAAAGACCGAGAAUCCUGUCUCAGGGAAUAUCAAGUGGCACAGAGGAUGGACAGGCUUGGAUGUCACCCUGAUUGGAACACAUUUGUGGCACAUCCGGGACUUGAAUUUCAUUAAGAAUUCCUAGUAGUUGUUCUAUUUACAAAGGUAUGUUUUCUAGAGAAUGUAUAGCAUUGGGGACACUGUAGCAAUAUUUUUAUACUUUCUAAGGCACUCUUUAUAUGAACAGAUUCAUAUGCAGACAAGA